GUGCUGCGUCAGGCGAACGCUCGUCUGCGUCAGGCGCUGGUCGAUGUGCUGAAGACGACGGCGGCGGCGGAGGAGACCAUCGGCCGUCAUGUGCAGGGCAUCCUGGAGGCAUCCAGCGUGAAAGCAUCAGACGCGUCCUCGGAGAGCUUUCUCAGCACAGAGACGACUGCUGAUGACCUCAGCCUGUUUUCAGCAGAGACCGAGAGCGACGGAGGGCUGGAGUGCUUGCUGAAGAUCCAGGGGGCGGAGCUACAGCUGCAGGGGGCGGAGCUCCCGCAGGAGAGGGAGGAGCUUCUGCUGAGCAUCAGCACACGACUGCAGAGCGCCGUCGAGAAGCUGCUCAUCGCCAUCACUGAGACCAGCACUCAGCUGGAGCAUGCGCGGAUCACACAGACGGAGCUGAUGAGGGAGAAGUUCAGACACAGUGAGGAGAUGGAGGAGCUGCAGCGCAGACAGGAGGAGCUGCAGGAGUGUCUGGGAGAAGAGGAGCGAGCUCGGGAGCAGCUGGCACUGGAGUUGCACAAAGCUGAAGGUUUGAUUGACGGCUACACUGGCGAGCGUCUGGCGCUGGAGCAGCAGAUCAGCGAGCGUGCCGAGCUGCAGCUGCAUCUGGAGCAGGAGCUGUGUGUGACCGCUAGCCGUCUGCGUGAACUCGAACAGGAGCGCCAGCAGAUUCACCAUGAGCACGAGCUGCUGUUGCGCCAGCAGGACGCCAUGAGAGAAGGGGCGGGGCCUCGAGAGCUGCGACUAGUUGAGGCUGCUCUUGACGCAGCACCUGAAGCAGACCUGCUGGAGGAGACGGAGAAGCUGAUGGCGGAGAAGGUGGAGGUGCAGCGUCAGGCGCAGAAGGAGAGCGGCGAGCUGCUGCAGCAGGUGAAGCAGCUGGAGGCGGAGCUGGAGGAGCAGGUGAGCCGUCUGCAGGAGCUGCAGGAGACGCACAGCGCAGAGACGGCAGACCUGCGGCAGCAGAUACAGGCCUUAGAGAAACAGCUGGAGAAGAACCGCAAGUUCAUGGACGAGCAGGCAGCGGACAGGGAACACGAGCGAGACGUCUUUCAGCAGGAGAUUCACAACCUGGAGCAGCAGCUGAAGAAUCCCGCCAAAACACAGACAGGAAGUGACCGGCAGGACAGAGAGGUGCAGGAGCUGAGAGUGGCGCUGCAGGAGAAGGCAGACUGGUGCAGUGAGCUGCUGCUGAGCUCGGAGCAGCUGCAGAGAGAUGUGUGUGAGAGAGACGAGGAGAUCGAGACGCUGGGAGCACGCCUGAGGGAGCUGGAGCACACGCUCAUGCACAGGGUUGAAGAGGUCCAGCAUGUGUCUAUGGCAGGCAGAGCAGACGUCACACUGGAAGCACAGCUGCAGACAGAGAGAGAGGCUCUGGACAGGAAGGAGAAAGAGAUGGUGAAUCUGGAGGAGCAGCUGGAGCAGUUUCGAGAGGAUCUAGAGAACAAGAGCGAGGAGAUGAAUCAGCUCCACAUGCAGCUGGAGAUCCAGAGGAAGGAGAUCAGCAGCCAUCAGCAGGAUCAGGCCCGGCUCGCACAGGUCUUGGAGGAGAAGGACAGGCAGAUAGCCGUCCUUAACGAGCAGCUCGCUAAGCGUCAGCGCGCGGGAACAGACCCUGAGAAAGAGGUACAGGCGCAGGUGGAGGAGAAGGAUGAGGUUCUGCGUGAGCUGGAGGCGCAGGUGGAGUGUCUGCGGAGCGAGCAGGAGCGUCUGAGGAGGAACAGCGAGGAGGAGGUGGAGCAGCUCAACGCCGUCAUCGAGAAGCUCCAGCAGGAGCUGUCGCUCAUCGAGCACAAGCAGCCGCAGGACGAGAGCGACGAGAUGAAGCAGAGGAUGGAGGAGGCUCUGCGGGAGAAGACGGCUGCGCUCGUGGUGCUGCAGGCCCAGGUGCAGGCGCUGGAGGAGACCGCAGGGUCACGGGUCACGAGCUUGAGUCGGCGGGUGGAGGAGCUGGAGACCAGCGUGGAGGAGAAGGACUCGGAGGUGCGCGCGUGCAGGUUGAAGGUGGAACAAGUGCAAAGGUACGCCGACGCUCUGUAUGCUGAAGUGGCUCAGCUGGAGGAGAAACUCAGGGAGAACGUGGCUGCUGUUCUGGUCAGUCAAGCACAACUGGAAGCCAUCCAGACGCAAACCAAAGAGCUCCGUGCUGAGGCACACGCAGGAGAAGCCAUGGGCCUCAGCGCGCAGCUGCGGUCGGAGGGUCUCACGGCACAGGGUGGAGCCUCCACAGGGAAGACGAGCCUGCUGAUGGAGACGCUGAAGGAGCUGGAGGAGGGUCUGAGCGGGAUGCAGAAGGACCAGGAGCUGCAGAAGCAGCUGUUGAGCAGCUCUGAGGAGGAGGUGAUGGAGUACGAGAGGAGGUUAGCCGUGAUGAUCGACCUACUGAACCAAAUGAGAACC